AAUUUCUCGAAUUUGAAGUGUCAUUCAUUAUUUGUUAUACGUUCGUUCUCACCCAUUUGUGUUCCUUAGUGAAAUCGUUUCCUAAAGUAUUAACUCAAAAUACAAAGAAACUCAUACAAAUUUAAAUAUUACUUGUUUUUAUCAACCACGUGCCUAUACAUAAUUAUUUGUUUAAAAGUGAAUCAUGGAACUGGUGAAUCAGUUAAAGGAGCGAGGUAACGCGGCAUUGUCGUCAGGAAACUAUUCAGAGGCAGGAAAAUGUUACACGGAAGCAAUUGCAUUGGAUCCUAAUAACCACGUUUUGUUUAGUAAUCGUUCUGCUGCUCACGCUAAGGCUGGAGACUACAUAGCGGCACUUGAAGACGCCAAUAAAACAGUGUCGAUAAACCCUACAUGGAGUAAAGGUUACUCAAGAAAAGGCAGUGCGUUAGCGUAUUUAGGUAGAUAUGAAGAGGCAAUAGCGGCUUAUGAGAAAGGUCUAGAACUCGAGCCGACCAACCAGCAGCUGGCUUCAGGGUUGGCCGAAGUGAGAAAACAAGCAGAGGAAGAUAUAAUGAAUUCACAGGCAUUCUUAGAAAAGUUACGUUCCAAUCCACAGACUAGAGAAUGGAUGAAUGAUCCGGAAUAUUUGAAACAAGUUCAGGAACUCGCCCUAAAUCCUUUUGACAUACAAAAAUUUGAGUCACGAAUGGACAGCAAGCGAUUACGCACCACAAUCGGGGUGAUGCUCGGUUUGAACUUCUCCACACCAAUGGAUAUAGACCCACCAACACCGGAGAAGAAAGCAACUCCACCGCCAAAUACAGAGGAGCCCCCGAAACCUAAAUAUGAAGAGUUACCAGAGAACCGGAGACUAGCAUUACAAGAGAAAGACAAAGGAAAUGAGUUUUAUAAGAAGAAAGAGUUCGAGAAUGCUCUACAACACUAUACUAAGGCAAUAGAACAUGAUUCUAAUGAUAUAACGUUUUACACAAACAUUGCCGCUGUUUAUUUUGAACAGAAGGAGUAUGAGAAAUGUAUUAAGGAAUGCGAGAAAGCUAUAGAAAUUGGCAGAGAGAACAGAGCAGACUUUAAAUUAAUAGCGAAAGCUUUCACUAGGAUUGGUAAUGCAUACAAAAAGAUGGAGCAAUGGAAACUAGCUAAAACAUACUUCGAAAAGUCCAUGUCUGAGCACCGGACGCCAGAGAUCAAGACACUGCUCAGUGAAGUGGAGAAGAAGAUAGUGGAAGAAGAGAAGAAAGCCUAUGUAGAUCCAGUUAAAGCGGAACAAGAGAAGGAACUUGGCAAUGAUUACUUCAAAAAAGGCGAUUACAGCACAGCAAUGAAGCAUUACUCGGAGGCAAUAAAGCGUAACCCUGAUGACCCCAAGUUGUACUCGAACCGAGCUGCCUGUUACACGAAACUGGCGGCGUUCGACCUGGGUCUCAAGGAUUGUGAGCAGUGCUGUAAACUGGACCCAAAGUUCAUCAAAGGAUGGAUUCGAAAGGGCAAGAUACUUCAGGGCAUGCAGCAGCCAUCGAAAGCUCUGUCCGCGUACCAGAAGGCGCUGGAGCUGGACCCCAGCAAUGCGGAGGCCCUGGAAGGCUACCGUGCCUGCUCCACGCAACUCAACUCCAACCCUGAGGAGGUGCGCAAGCGCGCUAUGGCUGAUCCCGAAGUGCAAUCAAUCCUGCGCGAUCCUGCAAUGCGCUGCAUCCUUGAACAGAUGCAACAAGAUCCGCAGGCGCUACAAGACCAUCUCAAGAACCCAGAUAUAGCAGCCAAGAUACAGAAGCUUCUAGAAUCGGGCCUUAUCGCCAUACACUAGCUUAACGGGAAUAUAAAUUGAAUUAAUCUAUUGAGAUUGGUCAGAGAAUAAUAAAAAAUAUUUUUUUAUAUCUGGCAAGAUUGUCACAAAUUUAAAUAUUGACUGUAUUCUAUAUUUGAAUUGCAGGAAAUUGAUAGCCAUCACAACCAAUGUUGCACAACUAAAAAAUGAAAAAUGGAAACAUAGCCAGAGCCAGUAGAAAAGAAAAUGUCUCACUUGAAUCGUUUGUAAAUUUUCAAAAACAAAUAAAUUUUAUUAUUUAGGAAUGUUUACUUAAAUAUAUUUAAGCUGUUGUACUAUAAUAGAUAAAUGAAGUAUUAAUACUUCGACAUAAUUGUUGUUGUUUGUAAUUGUACAUAUAUACCGAUAAAAAAUGAAUGUGUACCAAAUGUUAUAAAAUUAUUUUUUCACUGAUAGUUUAAUGAGAGCCUUAAUUGCAUGACGUUCUAGUGUCUUAUCAGAAAGUAUUCAUUGAUAAAUAUCGAAAAUGAUUUGUUUUUGAAAAUUAACAUAUUUUCUUUAAUGUUUUUUGACAUUGCAUUUGAAUUAUUUUUAUUUUAUUAUUGGUUACUUUAGCUAAUCACAUCUCUGAUCGAUCUCAAUAUUAUUUAGGGAUAUAUGAUCGACAGUUUUCGAAUCAACAACUCAUUAGGACAUAAUAUGUAUAAUUACAGCUAUGCUGUACAAUUCAUGCUAUAGAAUACUUUCGCAAGAACACUUUCUAACAAAUAUAAGUAUGAAAUUAAAUACAUUUUACUUCACGGCUUGUCGAUCGUGUGAUUUUAUUUCAAAAUGGCUUUUACACUAGGCUUGAGGACCAUUCCACAGUAUGUACGCUUUCUAAUGGAAAAUGGAUUUUAUUUAACAUUUAGUGUCAAUUUGUUCAUUGAAAUCAUAGUUUGGUGAAUAUCACAGACUGCCAUUGAAAAUUUACAUUACGGUUUUUGUAAUUUAUUCAAUAAAUAAAUAAUGUAGGCAACAUUGUUGUUUAUUUCCGGUUCCUAACAUAACCUGUUUUGUUGUAAUAAACAUG